AUGCCCGCUGUUUCUUCUACCACGUGCAAGUCCACGCCGACGCGCAAGUCGACUCCUCGACGCGCUCGUUCUUCCUCGGUAGCUUCCAACGCCUCCACAGCCGGUCCCGCUUCCCCCACCGCUUCUCCCCGCAAGAGCAAGAAGGAGAAAGAAGCCGCUGCCGCCGUAGAGACAGCCGCCAAAGAGACAGCCGCCAAAGAGAUCAAGCCCAACCUCAACCGUCCCAAACUUCCCACCUCGAAGAACCCUCGUCUCAGAGAAGUCGAUCAAGCCGUCGUCAAACUACAGAUCAUCAAGCGCGAGGGUCACGACAUCAUCAUUGGUCGUGUCAAGCUUCCCACUGUCAACGGUCAGGACCAUGCUUUCUUGCUCAAGCGUUUCGACACCAAUGCUAUGGCUGCUUCCUCCAUGUUCCGCCUCGCAUUCCCGUUUGCGAAUGGUAAAGCCGAGGCUGCCGAGAUGCAGUUCCUUGAUGCCCAGUACGACACCAACCGCGCCAACGGAGGUUACAUUCUGGAGGAAGUCAAGGCUCCCGAGACGCCCAAGAAGCGCGGUCGCCCUCGCAAGACCGCCGAGACUCCCAAGAAGGAUGCUGGUUCCACCGACACCGAGCCCAUCAGUGAUGAGAAGCAGAUCCGCGUCCUUCCCGAAGGCAGCACCGGUGUCCGCCUCCAAGGUACCUGGAUCCCCGCCGAGGACGCCGUGGAAGUAGCUGAGGACUAUGGCAUCGCCAAGUUCGCCCUUCCCCUCAUCCACGCUACUGCGGAACACGCUGUGGACGGCGGUGCUCCCAUCCUCACCUCUGCCCCCGUCGCUGCUGAAGUCAAGACUCCUCGCAAGCGUCAACGCGUCUCCGCUGCCGCCUCUUCUGCCUCCGAUGCCUCCGAUGCCCACUCUCCCAGGAUGGUCCAGAAAGUCACCCGUGUGGAGAAUGUCGCUGGCACCAUUUCGAAAGUCACCGUCGAAAGCACCCUCGAAACUGGUUCAUCCACUUCUAACGGCAUCCCCACCGCUCUCUCGCAAGCCGAAAUCGAAGCUCAGAUCGCCGAAGCCAAAGCCCUUGCUGCUGGUAUCACCGGAUCCGUCACUGCAUCCGGCAAGACCACUGCUAGCGGUAGAGGUCAGAAGAGAAGGGCAGUCAACGACCGUCCCACAGCUGAACUUGAUCCACUUGCAGAUGACGAGGACUAUGCUCAAUCCGGUACAGUCGUUCGUGCAUUCAAGAGGGGAACCAGGAUAGCCAGGAAGCGUCCUAUUGCAACAACGGCUGGUGUAGUUGCUGCUGCUGGUGCUGUCGGUGCCGGUGCCUUGGCUUGGAUUUCGGGCGGUAACCCGGAUCUGGCACUGCAGACGUUGCAGAACAGUCUGCAGAGUAUUGGGUUGGAGAACAUUCAGCAGUUCGGUAGCCAGAUUGGAGGUCAGUUGGCUUCUUACUUGCCGUGGUAA